AUGGCGAUGCCCCAGGUGAUGAAGGAUGAGGCGGGCAGGCCAUUCAUCAUUGUCAGAGAUCAGGGCAAGAAGCAGAGGCAACAUGGAAACGAUGCGGUCAAGUCCCACAUCCUGGCGGCCAAGACGGUCGCCAACAUUGUCAAGAGCUCUCUGGGACCCCGUGGACUGGACAAGAUCCUAAUCUCGCCCGACGGAGACAUUACGGUUACCAACGACGGCGCCACCAUUCUCUCCCAGAUGGAAAUCUCCAACCACGUCGCAAAGCUACUAGUCGAGCUGUCAAAGUCACAAGACGACGAGAUUGGUGACGGAACAACGGGUGUUGUAGUACUCGCGGGCGCUCUCCUUGAGCAAGCGGCGGACCUCAUCGACAAGGGCAUCCACCCCAUCAGGAUAGCAGACGGCUACGACCAGGCCUGCGAGGUCGCCGUGGCCAGACUCGAUGAGAUUAGCGACGAGAUUCACUUCUCAAAGGAAAACACCGAGGAGCUCUUCAGGGUUGCAAAGACGAGUUUGGGCAGCAAGAUCGUCUCCAAGGCGCAUGACCAGUUUGCCAACAUCGCCGUAGACGCAGUCCUGUCUGUGGCAGACCUGGAGCGCAAAGAUGUCGAUUUUGAGCUUAUCAAGGUCGACGGCAAGGUCGGCGGAUCGCUGGAAGAUACAUUACUCGUCAAGGGUGUCAUAAUAGACAAGGACUUUUCCCACCCUCAGAUGCCAUCAGAGGUCAAGGACGCCAAACUCGCCAUCCUGACCUGCGCCUUCGAGCCCCCGAAGCCCAAGACCAAGCACAAGCUCGACAUUACCACGGUUGAGGAGUUCAAGAAGCUGCAACACUACGAGUCAAACAAGUUCACGGAGAUGAUUGAGCAGAUCAAGAACACGGGCGCCAACGUAGUGAUAUGUCAGUGGGGUUUCGACGACGAGGCGAACCAUCUUCUUCUCACAAACAAGCUGCCCGCUGUACGGUGGGUUGGAGGCCCGGAGAUUGAACUCAUUGCCAUUGCCACCAACGGACGCAUUGUACCACGAUUCGAGGAUCUCAGCGCGGAGAAGCUUGGAAAGGCGGGCAUUGUCAGGGAACUGACCUUUGGCACGACAAGAGACAAGAUGCUGGUCAUCGAAGAGUGUGCCAACACAAGAGCUGUAACCGUCUUCGUCCGCGGCAGUAACAAGAUGAUCAUCGACGAAGCGAAGCGGUCACUACAUGACGCUCUCUGUGUCGUUCGGAACCUGGUCCGUGACAGCCGUAUUGUAUACGGUGGAGGGGCUGCUGAAGUAGCAUGCUCGCUUGCAGUUGAGGAUGCAGCCGUCAAGAGCCCCGGUCUUGAGCAAUAUGCCAUGCGCGCCUUUGCUGACGCCCUGGACUCGGUUCCCAUGGCUUUGGCUGAGAACUCCGGUCUCAGCCCCAUCGAAACCCUCGCUAACAUCAAGUCCCGGCAAGCCAAGGAGAAGAACACAAGGUUAGGUGUCGACUGCAUGCAGACGGGAAGCAAUGACAUGAAGGAGCACUUCGUGAUCGACCCCUUGAUCUCGAAGCGGCAGCAGCUAUUGCUCGCUACACAGCUGUGCCGUAUGGUACUCAAGGUCAACAACGUGAUCAUCGCUGGAAACGACGACCAGGACUUCUAGACGCCACCUACGCCACCACGUCGUUUGCAUCACAUGGAAAAGAUCCGUGCUUGGUAGAGUCAGAGAGACAACAACCAACAUGCAACGAGGCGCAGUGUCUUGUUGGAAGGAAAAGCGACAUGUUUUGCGGCGGGAUACCCUCAUAUAGCAUCGAAGCAAAAAAUCAAAUUCAAGCAUCUUUGAUGCCAUGACA